CUUAGACUCUUUGAAGCUUGGACUCACACAGCCAAGGACAACCUGAUGUUCUGCGUUAGCCAUGUUUAACUAUAGGUUUAUAUUCGUAGCUCUGUUGGCAGUGUGGCUUUGCCCGGUAGCCACUCAAAACACAUGUCAUGCAGGGACACAUGGACUGCCAGGUAUUCCAGGAAUUCCUGGACAUGAUGGCAGGGAUGGUGAGAAGGGGGAGAAAGGCGAGGGAGGGCGCACAUUGGAACUGGAAAAUAAAGUGAUCAAAGGGCAGAAGGGGGAACCUGGCAUCAAAGGUCCUCAGGGAAAGAGGGGUGCCCCUGGCAAUCUUGGCCCACCAGGACCACAGGGUCCACCAGGGGACGAAGGAGCUCCAAGCGACGUAAAACCAAAUUCUGCUUUCUGUGUAUCUCGUGAAACUGUUGAUCAUCCAGCACCUGAUACGCCAAUCAUCUUCCAAACAAAAAUCACCAAUGUCAAUGAUCACUUUAAUCUUAAAGAGGGUAAAUUUGUGUGUCACAUCCCUGGUACCUACUAUUUUGUGUACCAUGCAACUUCUAAAAAGACACUUUGCGUUAGGCUCAUGGUGGACGGAGAGAAAAGGGCUAGCUUCUGUGACCACAUUCAAUCUGAGAUAAACGUGAGUUCAGGGGGAUUUGCUGUGUACCUACGGGACAAUAGUAAAGUCUGGUUGGAAACUAAUGAUAAGGUAAACGGCAUGUACGCAGCUGGAGAUAAAGGCAACAGUGUCUUCUCUGGUUUCCUGCUUUAUGCACACUGAGGGUUUCUCUAGUGUUUCACGAAACACACCAGAUUACAUCAAGUUUUACAUUUCCAAUCAAGAUCUGUACAAUCAAGAGCACAAAAUGUAUUUCUGAUUUCUAUGCCAUUAAUAAAAUGCUACUGGAGUGAAAUAUG